AUUCUACGCUCGGAGGAUUCUGGGAUCACCACAAUGCUACGUAUAACGCUCCUGCUGACGCUCGUGGCGCUCGCGUGCCACGCCGCUCCUUCCUCUGACGAUGCAGCUGUCGAGCCUCUAUACAGAAGUGUGACCAUCGCUGACUACAAGACUGCUCUAUCACAGAGUAAAAGUCUCGUGAACAGGCAGAAAGGCAGAAUCAUCUCGAAAACUGUUGACAAACUGCUCGACGAGAACCAAAAGAAGGUUAUGUAUUACGCGUACUAUCUGUGGAACAAUGGAGCCGAAGACAUUGUCAAGAAUUAUUUCCCGUUACAAUUCAGGAUGAUCUUCAGCCAGCUUACCGUCAAGCUCAUCAACAAGAAAUACAGCAUGGAGCUCAAAGUAGGACUUAGCACUGAUUCCGACAAUGAAAGGACUGUGUAUGGCGACUGCGGUCAGGUCGGCGAGAGGGCAGCCUGGGAAUUCAAAUUUAACGAGGCAUCAGACGAAAAGGUCUACUUUAAAAUCUACAACCCUAACGAUAACCAAUUUCUGAAAUCUGGCAAUUCAGCUGAUAGAUUCGAUGACCAUCCGAUUUACUCAUCUACUAACUCUGACACAUUCAGACACCAGUGGUACCUUGAGCCAGUGGUGUACAAUAAGGAGCUCCUAUUCUACGUCAUCAACCGGGCGUACAGCCAGCCCCUGAAGCUGGCCCAAUCAAAUGACUUGGAUGGCGACCGCCAGGCUUAUGGACACGGCGGGGAUUCGUCGGGCGCUCCUGAACGCUUCGGAUGGAAGAUUGUGCGUUACUAAACAAUUGUAAUAAUGAUGUUGGAGAUAUUUUUUUUGAAAUAAACAGGUGAUUCAAGUA